CUGUCAUCUCCCAAACCCAAAAUAUCAUAAAACCCUAGAAAUUCAUAUCCCCACCUACCUCCCAAAAUCAAAAAUGUCAGAAUACAUACCUUUUGAAAUCCAAGUGGACAUCAUCAAAAGACUACCUGUGAAGUCAUUACUUCAAUUUAGAUCCGUAUCAAAACAAUGGAAGUCUUUGAUCGACAGCUCCGAGUUUAUUGCUGGUUACAGAUUCCGCCAGACUCAUCCACAACGUCUGCUUGUAUGGUACAAAGAUCCAGUAGACUUGAAGCAAAAGUACGUUUCUUUUGUCGAUGAUGACGCUUUCGCCCAACAAGAGCUUGCUCCAACUGUUCCUGUGCUCUCUGAACAUUUAUUUAAAUUGGAAGUGCUCGGGAGCUCUCAGGGAUUGUUGUGUUUGUCUGGUUUUUAUAAAGAUCCAGACCAGCCUCGUUAUAAAGUUGCCACAAAGUUGAUUGUUCUUUUGAAUCCUUCGAUUAGAAAAUCAGUCUUAAUACCUGUCCCAGGUUUUUCAGGUUGUUCGGAAAUUGUUGUUGGUUUUGGGGUUUGUCCUAUCACUAAUGAUCCUACGAUUGUGAAGAUUACGAAUGUUGGUACGGAAGUUAGCUCUCCCAUGGUUGAGGUUUUUAAAUUGAGCAGAGGUAGUUGGAGAACUCCUUGUAGCAAUCUGCCUAAGAAAUCAAUUGAGGUUAUAUUGUCUGAGGUAGCUAUACAUAGUUAUAUUUAUUGGGUUGCUUUUGAUAAUGAUUUUCAGAUGCAAAAACAUCUGAUUAUUUCAUUUGAUAUGACUACCGAAGAAUUUAGAGUCAUAGACCUACCGGAUAGUCUAGCAUAUGCUACAUUUUUCAUCUCUAAGUUAUGGGAUUCUCUUGUUGUGCUGAAAGUUUUUGAUGUAUGGAUUAUGGAUAAUGAUGUUCUUCAUUCGUUUACAAAGCUAUUUACCAUUAACACACGAUAUGAAUCAAUAACGAUUUUGGGAUUUACAAAUAGUGGUGAACCUAUGAUUGAAGUACAAGGGGAGGAUUACGAAGAACCAGCUUCACUUGUUGUCUAUGAACCUAACUCAGAACACAUCAAAGAUAUUGGGAUUCAUGUAGAAAAUGUUUCAUCAUUUAUUAGUUCGUACAUGGAAACACUACUUUUACAUGAUCAAUCAGAUUGUAUUGGUUUAUUAUAGCCACGUCAGAUUGCAAGAUGUGGCGCUAAUAAAAGAUUAGUUGUGGAGGAGGCAAGACAUGAUUAGGGGACAUGCUUGUAACUUGUAAAGUAGAAAAAACCACUUCCACUUCAAAGCUGUUGAAUUUGAGACAUAUUGUAAAGCAAAUCUCUUUUCCUUAUGUUAGUUUUACUUGACAGAAAAUUGAAGAUACAAUCUCGUUCAAGCAGAUCUUUUAAUCAUUUUCAUGUUAUCAUUUUUUUUGUCUA